GGGUUGGAGAAAUGUGUGGUCAGUGAUAAAUAAUUAGCACACCAACUUCCGUAUCUCGAAGCCCGCUGCAGCUUCCGUAUCACUUGAAGCUUUCAGCCGCCGGACGGUCCAAACUCUCACUAUAAUGCGGCCGAUUCCCGAGGAGUUAACGACGCUCAUUUCAGAUCUAGAAGCUUUCCUCUCCGAUGGACUCAAAGGGGAAAAUCUAAGCAAGAAGGUGAAAGAGAAGAGAGAAGCCUUCAUCAAACGGAUUAAAGAGGUCAAACUAAGCUUCCCACAGGAUUUCAAGGACAAAAAUGAUGAUGACUCGGAUGACGAGGAGGAAGCUGACAGCAACAACGAUGGAGGGUCGCUGCAGUCGGAGCGCACGGACAAGGAUGAAGAGGCUUGCGAAGGUGCUCAGCAGGCCCCAGCUGUGGCUGCCCAGGACCUGACGUCCGUCUUCAAAGCAGGAUACCUUGAGAAGCGCCGAAAGGAUCACAGCUUUUUUGGCACCGAGUGGCAGAAGAGAUGGUGCGCUCUGAGCCAUCAUAUCUUCUACUAUUAUGGCAGUGAGAAAGACAAGCAGCAGAAGGGGGAGUUCAAUAUCGAUGGGUACACUGUCAAAAUGAACAACACCUUACGCAAGGACUCGAAGAAAGACUGUUGCUUUGAAAUUUCGGCUCCAGACAAGCGAGUCUAUCAGUUUUGUGCGUCAACAACGAAAGAGGCGGAGGAAUGGGUGAAACAGAUAGACUUUGUUUUGAAAGAUAUGACAGGCAUCAUCCCAGAAGAAGAAGAGGAGGAACCAGAAGUGUACGAUGAUGUUGGGGUUAUCGACGAAGACAUCUAUGAAGAGCUGCCAGAGGAGGACAUGCCCACUUCAGCAAAGUCUCCUCCUCCUCCAAAGGUGCAGCCACCGAGCAAACCUGCUCCUCCUGCUGCAGUUGAUAAGAGCACAGACUACCCCAACUUCUACCAGGGCUUAUGGGACUGCACUGGGGACUUCCCGGAUGAGUUGUCCUUCAAACGUGGCGAUACCAUCUACGUCUUGAGCAGGGAGUACCAGAGUUUUGGUUGGUGGGUCGGAGAGAAGAAUGGGAGUAUAGGAAUCGUCCCUAAAGACUACCUGAUGGAGCUUUAUGCUCUAUAAACGCACCCCAUGAUCGUUCCCUCCCACGUCCACUGUGACAGACUGAUGACUGGAUAAAAAGAUUUCCAUAUGACUGAAAUACACGUUUAAAUGUAUUUUUCUAUCUGCAUUUGUACUGCUUUUUUUGUAUUUAUUUUCUAUCCAAGAUGCAGUUUUCCCACAGCAACAUUUCAUGCUCUGCUUUUGGCAAAUUUGGUAUUUGCAAAUAGCAAAAUGCAUAAAGAUGAAAAAACUAAA